UGCUUAAUUUCUUCCAAGACACGGACAUCAUUCGUGGUUUCCCAAGUUCUUUCCUACACACGCACACAAAUCCAACAAAUCAACAACUGCGACGACGACGACAAAAGCCACCACUCUGUUUGUUUUUGGAAAACUAAAAACAAAAGCAAAAACUGCACGAACUUUUCCAUUUUCUCGGAACAAAAAUUCCACAACCUCUAAAUUACAUGUUUCAAAGGCACAAUCUUUUCUUCUCUGUUGUCAACCAACUGAUCUAAAUACCAAACCCAAUUUCUCGUUAUCUUAAUUAGACCUGAAAAUGGAGCUUCAGAGAUCAGCACUGAGACUCCUCCUAGGGUUUCUGGUGGUCUCUUUGAUACCCGUAUCUCUGGCGAGAUUUGUGGUGGAGAAGAAUAGCUUGAGGGUGACAUCCCCGGAGAGCAUCAAAGGCACGCAUGACAGUGCCAUUGGGAACUUUGGGAUACCUCAAUAUGGUGGCAGCAUGGCUGGAGUUGUUAUGUACCCGAGGGAGAACCAAAAGGGUUGCAAAGGCUUCGACGAGUUCGGGAUUUCGUUCAAGUCCAAGCCUGGUGCUCUCCCGACCUUCGUUUUGAUCGAUCGUGGAGAUUGCUUCUUCGCUUUGAAGGUGUGGAACGCCCAAAAAGCUGGGGCUUCUGCAGUUCUUGUUGCAGAUAACAUUGAAGAAGCAUUGAUUACCAUGGACUCUCCAGAAGAGGAUGGUUCCACGGCUAAAUACAUUGAGAACAUAACAAUUCCUUCUGCACUCAUUGAAAAAAGUUUUGGUCAAGCAUUAAAGAAAGCUUAUAGUGGUGGGGAAAUGAUAAAUGUGAAUCUUGACUGGAGAGAAGCUGUCCCGCAUCCAGAUGAUCGUGUGGAAUAUGAACUAUGGACCAACAGUAAUGAUGAAUGUGGAGUUAAAUGUGACAUGUUGAUGGAAUUUGUGAAGGAUUUCAAGGGUGCAGCACAGAUACUUGAGAAAGGUGGUUACACUCAAUUCACACCCCAUUAUAUAACUUGGUACUGCCCCCAGGCAUUCACCUUAAGUAAACAGUGCAAGUCCCAGUGCAUCAAUCAUGGAAGAUAUUGUGCUCCUGAUCCUGAGCAGGACUUCGGCACAGGUUAUGAAGGGAAAGACGUUGUUCUUGAGAACUUAAGGCAGCUAUGUGUUUUUAGAGUGGCAAAUGAGACCAAAAAGCCUUGGGUGUGGUGGGACUAUGUAACUGAUUUUCAAAUUAGAUGUCCUAUGAAAGAAAAAAGAUACAACAAGGAAUGUGCCAAUGGUGUUAUUAAAUCUCUUGAUCUUGAUAUAAAAAACAUUGAGAAGUGUAUGGGGGACCCAAAUGCUGAUUCUGAAAAUCAUGUUCUAAAAGAAGAGCAGGACGCGCAAGUUGGGAAAGGAUCGAGAGGUGAUGUUACCAUAUUGCCCACCAUUGUUGUCAAUAACCGACAGUAUCGAGGAAAAUUGGCAAAAAGUGCAGUCCUGAAGGCCAUCUGUUCUGGUUUUGAGGAAACUACUGAACCAGCUGUUUGUUUGAGUAGUGAUGUGGAGACAAAUGAGUGCUUGGACAAUGAUGGUGGUUGCUGGCAAGACAAAUCAGCCAAUCUCACAGCCUGCAAGGACACAUUUCGUGGGAGGGUAUGUGAAUGCCCCUUGGUGGAUGGUGUACAGUUCAAAGGGGAUGGUUAUACCAUUUGUGAAGCAAGUGGACCAGGGAGGUGCAGCAUAAAGAAUGGAGGUUGUUGGCAUGGCUCUCGAGAUGGACGCACAUUCUCUGCUUGUUUGGAUAAUGGGGAGCUAAAAUGCCAAUGUCCUCCUGGAUUUAAAGGUGAUGGCUUCAAAAGUUGUGAAGAUAUCGAUGAAUGUAAAGAGAAAAAAGCCUGUCAGUGCCCUGAGUGUGGCUGCAAGAAUACCUGGGGGAGCUAUGACUGCAGUUGCAGUGGAGAUCUUAUAUAUAUCAGGGACCAUGAUACGUGCAUUAGUAAGAGUGCUAGGGAAACAAAAUCUGCAUGGACUGCAGUUUGGAUCAUAUUGAUAGGCUUGGCAAUAGCCGCUGGUGGGGCAUAUCUUGUGUACAAAUACAGACUGCGGUCGUACAUGGAUUCAGAAAUCAGAGCUAUCAUGGCACAGUAUAUGCCUCUAGAUAGUCAAGCUGAAGUACCAAACCAUGUCAACGAUGAACAUCCUUGAAAGAGGAAAACUCCAUCCUUCAUUUUUCUUGAGGAUUUUUGGCAAACCUGCAUUGGUAGAUUCGAUACACCCAUCUUUAUAUGACACGAGUUUUGAGAGUGGAUUAUAUAUUCUUGUAUAAUAUGCUAGACAAUAAAAGAAUGCAGAGUAGAAGUUGUCAUGUUUGUUAGCAGAGUAUCGUGCUGAACAACAAAACUAGGGUAGGAAGUAAAUUGCAAAGCUAAAAGGAAGUCCGUUUCCCCUCCUGGAAAGUCUCACUCCCUAAUUUAAACAGGAAUUCUGUAAUUUAUUUAUACAUUUUUAACAUUUAAGACGGGAUGACUUCAGUGUCCUAUACUUGAUUGUUUUUAGGAUAAUGGUAAUUUCUGUUGGCAUGGUA